ACCCCAAGUCUUGGAACUUUCUAGUCUGUCAAUGAUGCCGCAGCUCCGACUGCGGGCUCGGAGGACAGAUUCAGCGCCGAGCAGGAUUCGUCAUUCUCGUCCAUAUCGUCGUAUGAAUCGUGGUAUAUGAGGUCUCGUCGGCCGGGCUGUGUGGGCUGUAAUGAGGGACAGUAGCAGAGGCAUUGCAUCAGACUCACAGACUGGCGAUCGAGCUAGAAUCCAACCGAAAAUCAGCGAGAAGGACGACCAACAAUGACCACGAGUUCGCCCAUCCGAGUUGCUGUGUUGUAUCAGGCCAUUGACCCACCCGUGGUCAAUGGCGUCAAGAAGCCCAUGAAGCCAGGAGGGUACAAGGACUCAUCAGCAGACAUCGCUUACUGCCUGAGCACCAGCAAGCCCUCAGCCUCCUCUGCUUCACAGGAUAUCGCUGCCAUAAGUGUAGUCACCCCUGUUGCUCAUCCCGACGUGCACGAGAACGACGACUACGCAUGGUGUUUUCCCGACACCGAGGCCGGGAUCCUUGACGCCAUCGCCAAGGGUGCCACUCACCUCUGGGCCAACACUAUCCUCUUCGCCUCACACCCCUUGCAGACAUCCGUUAGAAUCGAUGCGUUUGCGGCAGACGUAAAGGUCAUUGGCCAGCCCCCGCUGCAGGUAGAGAUGUUUGAUGACAAGGAGGUUGUCAACGAUAUGCUACGUCAGCAAGGGUGCUUUACAAUGCCAAAGGGGUGGACGCUUUGCGAUCCGAACACCUCUGCCUCCGCAAGCAGCAGUAGCAGCAGCAGCGUGCCCAGCGUCGGCACUGCAAGCACCAACAUAGAUGACGCUACUCUGCGACAGUAUAUCGCCAGUUUGUCCCUGCCUUACCCGGUCGUCGGCAAGCCUAUCCGUGGCCGCGGCAGCCACGGCGUCCGCGUGUGCCAUUCUCUCGACGAGAUGGUCACCCAUGCCGCCGCCUUGUUCGCCGAGUCGCCGCGCAUCAUGGUUGAGGAGUUCCUCGAAGGAGAGGAGGGGACCGUGACCGUUGUGCCGCUCCCAAAAUCUUCCGACACUGCUGCAACUGCCACCACUGAGUUGCCGGCAGAAGCGAGAGAAGGAAAACAGUACUCGGCCCUCCCGGUGGUCCAGCGGAACAAUCACCACGCCGGCAUAGCGCCAUACAACGGCACCGUUGCGGUGUCCACCAACUCCCGCGCGAUCACGGCGGCCGAGGCAGCGCAGGACCCGGCCUAUGCGCUUGUCCAAAGGGAAUGUGAGCGGGCGGCCGAGCUGCUGCAACCGACUGGUGUCAUUCGGAUCGAUGUGCGGCGCCGACACCGUCAACCCGAGAUACAAUCACACAGUGUCAACGGUGACCGUGGUAUCCAUGGUGCAGGACCAGACGACGGCGAUAUUGGUGACCCUGUGCAAGAGAGAUUCUACCUUUUCGACCUCAACGUCAAGCCCAACCUCACAGGACCCGGCCGCCCCGGCCGCGACGACCAGGCCUGCCUGUCCCUCCUCGCCGCACAGGAACUCGGCUGGGACUAUGGGCGGCUACUACGCGAGAUGCUCGCGACGGCGGUGCCGCUCGACGAGCUGCGCCGGCGCAAGCCCGCAGACUUGUCAGGCGCUAACACUGCGUCAGCAUCAUAAGCGGCGCUUGUUUUGUGCCGUCUCCACCAUCCAAAAGAAAGCAAGAGAAAAAUCAUUGGCGUGGCCAGCUGCGAUUUGGGUUGCGAAACUAAUUAGCGCCGUAAUGCGACAUUUCCUGUGCUGGGUCUAGUCGUACGGCCCACGUUCUAGAUGCAAGCGACGACCCACUGAGCGAAAAGGAGGGUAAUCAAAUGUCAGGGACGCAUGCCAUAGGCAUAUAGAUACGUGACCGGUACAGGACAGUGUCACAUUACUGACACGACACCCUUCGGCUUACUCGCAAAGC